AUGGACUGUUUGGGACACGCGGAGCCAAGCCUGCUGUCCGGACACUGGUCAAGUGUCUCAGUCGUGGUGGCCAGCUUGUUGAGUAUGAUGACCGUCUGCACACUGGUGACUAGGGCAGGUGGCUUAUAUGAGUGCUGGCGGUGCACUGCUAGCUUGGCACAUGCUAUAGUGAAACAGCUGCGAUGGCAGCUGCAAGCUUUUUGCCAGAGCGACAGGAGUUCUAGCGAAUCUAGCAACAGCAUGCUGAAUCAACAUUUGAAGGAACAGCAUCUCAGGCACAUGCGAGCUGGCACACUGAUAGGAAGCUGUGCGGCAGGUGUCGUCGCAAUAGCUGUUCUGCUGCAUGCACAUGUGGCAGGAACCGUCCUGAAAGGCCAAAUCCUCAUCAGCAAGGAAGGCUUCCUGCUAGUCUGCGCAUUUUGGCUAUUGUUGCUGGUAAGCAACGCCCUCUGCGACCGGCCCGCACUUCAUGUCUUUCUCCAGCCCGCCUACAGCAUUGCAAUGGGUCUGUGGUGCCUGUAUGUAAUGCCUUGGUUUUCGCAUGAACUGGCGUGGGCUCUACCACUCAGCUUCGUUUUCAGGAUGCUCUCACUAUGCUUGGUUAGACACCGUGCCCCGGUGCUUUUGUGGCAACUUUGCCAUGCCGGGAUAGUGUCAUAUCAGAACACCCUGGCGGGGGUUGUGGAUGUGAUCUCUGGCGGUGUCAUGAUGGCAUAUUUUCAGUGGCUCAGUGCGGCUGGCCGUCGGAAUGCCAUUUGCAAGAUGGACGUAGCUUCUGUCGAGGCAGAACACGAGGCCUGUCGCCUGAUACUUGCCUCCCUGUGCGAUGCUGUAGUGGAAUUAGACAGCGCGCUCUGUAUUGCAGAGGAUUGUCCCAAACUGGCAUACUGGCUUCUGCAUGGUAGAAGCUCUCUGCGAGGAGUGGCCUUCAAACAGCUCUUGUUUAGUGAGUCCGAGCAGCAGAACUUCCAAGCCAACUUCAACACAAGCUUGUCUAACGAGUCUAACGAUCGCCACGCCCAUGCACAUGCAAGUGCCUUUCACCUCCACAUGCGAGACGGUGUUGGCACUGCAAUACAGGUGGAGUGCUUUCAUGUGAAGUUCCAGACUUCAGACAUGCGGGAGCGGCACCUGCUAGCAUUGCGGGAAGACGUUGGCGUGAUGGAUAUUGCAGCCUCCUGCUUGGCGGACAUGCAGAACCCCCUCAAUCGAACCACCAUAUCCACAUCGCUUGAGAUGCCUGAGAUAGUGCCAUCGGAGAAGGUUUGUGAGAAGGUCCUGGAACUCAACGCUCUGAACUGGCAGAUUCUUGGAGUAUCUCAGGCAUUCCUGGAUGCCUUCAGCAUGGGAAAGCCACGUGGUAGGGCCACGGACUAUUUCACCCGGAAGUCCAGGUAUCACUUCAUGGACCAGAUGAUUUGGCACUGCAACAGCUUGGCACAUUCCGAUGCCAGCACCAGCAGCUUCCAGACGUUCCUCUGGCUCAAACAGAAGAGUGGACCGCCAGCGCAGUGCUGUUGCCGCAUGGUCCUCAGGGCAUGGCAUGAUUCAGGCUCGACCGCAACACGCCGUACCAGCGGGUCUUUACCAGAGGAGAUUCGGUGUCAGCUUCGUGUGCUAUUCGUUCAACCAGAUGUGGAUCCCACCUCGUUGACGGCAUCUUCGGCCAGUUCCGAAGUCACAGGUGCAGACACUGCGACCGUCUCCACGAAUAAGCAUGUCUUGUGA